UUUUUUUUUUUCAUUCGGAGAAAACCAUUAAAACCAACUCUCUUGCAUGUUUUGAGAGAGAAGGAGAUCGAAAAUGGCUUCGAUGACGAUUCCUGCUGUGUUAUCUUCACCUCGAGACGAUGCAAUUCAAUUGCACCGCGCUUUUAAAGGAUUUGGCUGCGAUACUGCGAUUGUUAUCAAUAUCCUUGCCCAUCGAGAUUCAAUGCAACGUUCUUAUAUUCGUCACGAGUUCAGAACCAUGUAUGGAGAAGAACUAGAUAAACGCUUGGCUAAAGAGCUUUCUGGUGAUCUCGAGAGAGCUGUCCUAUUGUGGAUGCACGAUCCAGCUACACGAGAUGCUAUCAUACUAAGGAAGGCUUUAUUUGGAGAUGCUAUUAAUGUGAAAACCGCCACUGAAGUGAUAUGUUCGCGAACUCCUUCCCAAUUACUACAGAUUAAACAAUUGUAUCAUUCAAUGACCCAUUCUUACCUUGAGCAUGACAUCGAGUUUCAGUGCACUGGCGAUCAUAAAAAGUUGUUGCUCGCAUAUCUUGGUAUACAACGAUACGAAGGUCCGGAAGUUGAUAGAAACAUGGUAGAACAUGAUGCUAAUGCACUCUAUAAAGCUGGGGAGAAGAAGUUUGGAACCGAUGAGAAGACAUUCAUUCGCAUUUUCAGCGAAAGAAGCAGGGCUCACAUGGCUGCGGUUGACAUUGCAUACACAAACCUGCAUAAGCACUCACUCCAAAAGGCUGUGAAGAACGAAACAUCUGGACACUUCGAACACGGACUGCUAACGAUCCUGAGGUGUGCUGAGAACCCAGGGACAUACUUUGCUAAGUUACUGCACAAGGCAAUGAAGGGAAUGGGAACCCAGGACACAUGGCUGAUUAGGACAAUCGUUACAAGGGCAGAAAUUGACAUGGAAUACAUAAAAGGCGAGUACCAGAGGAAAUAUAAGAAAACUUUGAAGGAUGCUGUCAAAUCUGAGACAUCUGGCAAUUACAAGGACUUUCUUCUUGCUCUUCUUGGUUACUAAGCAGCCAUGAUCACCAAUCUUAGGCUGAGCUAAGCUACCCCUCUUCUUCUUCUUCUUCUUCUUCUGCUGUGAUGUACUAAUUAAAAGACUGUAUUAGGAGUUUCUAAAUGUAUUUGAGCUUGAAAUUAUUAGAUGGAUGUGUGGUAUGUAUUUAUGUAUUGAUGGAAUAUUUGAAAUGGUAAACCUUUGAUGUAUUUACAACAUGAUGCUGGAAAUGUUGAAGAUUACAUGGAUUAUUCUCAGAGGUU